GCACGCCGGUCGCCGAGUCCAUGGAGGCCUCAACAGGUGCCUGAGGGACCAACAUGGAGACCUCCGCCGCCACCACCGAGGAUUUGUUCUUCGCGACCACAGAACCGUGGAACGCCUCCUUGGACGCCAACAAAACGGAAGAAAUCAACUCAUUCUACUUUUAUCAGACGGAACAAAUCACGGUCCUAUGGAUUCUGUUCGUUUUGAUCGUUCUGGGAAAUUCAGCGGUGUUGGCAGCUUUGUUGCUCGACAGCAAAGGGCGCAAAUCGCGGAUGAACUUCUUCAUCAUGCACCUCGCAAUCGCAGAUCUCAGCGUCGGGCUCAUCAGUGUGCUGACAGACAUCGUGUGGCGGAUAACUGUGACUUGGCACGCUGGCCAUGUUGCUUGCAAGCUCAUCCGGUUUUCGCAGGCCAUGGUCACAUACUCGUCUACCUACGUUCUGGUCGCACUCAGCAUAGACCGUUACGACGCCAUUACACACCCAAUGAACUUCUCCGGCAGCUGGCAACGAUCGAGGACACUGGUUGCAGUGGCGUGGUUGCUCAGCGCCUUUUUUUCCAUACCUCUGCUAAUACUUUACGAGGAGAAGGAGAUUCAAGGUCAGAUGCAGUGUUGGAUUGAAUUCGAGCACCCGUGGCAAUGGCAGGUGUACAUGGUGGUCAUUUCCGUGUCGCUUUUCUUCAUUCCAGCACUGAUCAUCACGUUUUGCUACGCGGUGAUCGUCAUCACAAUUUGGUCCAAAAGCAAAAUGCUCACCGGUAAGAAGAAGCGACUCAAUCGCAACGGCAACCACCGUGGUUCAAGUUCUCGCAGCAGGGAUGACGUAGAUAGCAGGAGGGCAAGCUCCAGAGGCAUCAUCCCUCGCGCCAAAAUCAAAACAGUCAAGAUGACGUUCAUCAUAGUUUUCGUGUUCAUCUUGUGCUGGAGCCCGUACAUGGUAUUUGACCUACUGCAGGUGUUCGGCCACGUGCCCAACACACAGACCAACGUCGCGGUGGCCACGUUCAUCCAGUCACUGGCUACGCUGAACUCGGCUGCCAACCCGCUCAUUUAUUGCUUCUUCUCCACGCCAAUUUGUCGUACUCUAAGGCGCGUUCCGCCCCUGAGUUGGCUCUCCAUUUGUUUCCCUGACAUGCAGAGGAGUCAGCAGGAGGCAAACAGUCGUUGUCUGCGUUACGCUGGCACCAACAGCACCACCAUGACGGAGACGAUGACCCACCUUUCAACUAGGAGGAAUCUGCGGGUCAACGCCAACUACACCAACCUGUACAGACAUCCCCCGCCGAGGGUGGCCGUCACCAUAGUCUAAAGUAAGCAAAUUUUUUCAUCCAUAAAAGUCUGAAGAGCUGCAUUUUGACUUUCGUACAAACAAAAAUUAGGUGCAAAUCGGAUAUCAAGAAAAUUGAAAUAUGUAACAUGAUUUUUUAGUUGAUCGAUAUUUUUGCAUUUAUACAAUUAAAAAGGGUCAAAAUGUGUACCUUUUAAGUAAUUCAUCUUUGUAAAGGAAAAAUAGUAAAAUUAUAUAAAAAAAAAUUGUCUGCUUCUAACUGUAUAAAGAUUUACUUGGCCAAAAUGCUGUUUGAUGUGCAGUGGCGAUUUUGGAAGAAAAAAAGUAUGUCUUUGCAAUCAAUGAUCUCUGCCGAUUUAAACAAACGUAAAAAUCACAAAUAUCUUUUGGAUGAAUGUUUUACCAAAAUAAAUAAUAUAAUAUGCGUCAAUCUUGGACGUUAAAUCUAUGUGGUGCUAUAUUGUUCAUAUUUCUGUUGUGUAACGGCACUUUUUUUUUUAAAUUAUAAAUUGCACCUUAAAAUGUUUAUAUCAAAAGGGGAGCACUGUCAGCUUAUAAAUUAAAAAUAUUCAAAAUUUAUGUAUAUCCUACAUGUCAAAUUGGUGUAUAUAAAAAUAAACCAAACAUCUUGAUGUAAAAAUGUAUUGAUGUUCUCUCAGAUUUUAAUAAGUGGUCAUGUAAUGAAUACAACUGAAGCUGGUUGGUGGAAAUAACAAAAAUUUUAAAUUAAAAAUAAUGUCUGUGUAAAAAUGGAACAAAAAAUUUGUUAAAAAAAAUACUUAAUAAACGGCUUGUGUGGAGGUUGGGAUUUUUCUUUAAAUUUCAAUUCUUCUUAAUCUUUAUAUACAUGUUUAAUGGAUAAUUGUAAAAUAUCUUCAAUGGUUCCUGACUGUAUUUAUCUCAUCUGAACUUUUCAUUUUUCCUGUUGAAGAAUUCUUCACGCUUUUUACUUCUGUCUACAUGAAAGUACACAACAUGUGAUUUAAAUUUCAUUCACUUUAAUUGGGUUGAAUAAACACAUGAUAUUAUUC